AUGGCAGGAAAUGCAGCCGACAACCACACAUUCAACGAAAUCGCUGCAACGGUAAAGUCAAUAAUUAAAUUACCGCGAUUGGAAAUCCAGGAACGAUUUCAAUUUAGCCAAAGAAAACAGAACAUCGACGAGACACCGACAGAAUAUAUCCAAAAUAUCCAGGCCGAUUUACUUACGCGCCGGGAUUUAGAUGUAGAAAAUGUAGUUACCUUUGCGGAAGGAUAUACUAGAGCCCACAAGACAGCUGAAUUACUUCAGGGCAAAGAAAUAAUCAACUCACUGAAGCAAGGAAGUGAAGGACGAGAAAAAAAACAAUCACAACUGAUGAUGGGAAGGCGUCUGAGAUCACCUUUGAAUGCUGUGCGAUGCAUACCAGAAGAUAAUGUUAAAAAGUCACAAGAAAAGCAGGCAACCGUUGGAAGUGGUAAUCGAAAUUUUUACCCUGGAGACAGUGUCUGGGUUAGAAAAUUUUGGUUGAAUAAAACAACAUGGAUACCUGGAAUCGUUCUACAUAAGUUGGCAAAUUUAACCUACAUGGUUCAAGUUGAUGAGUAUAAAAAACUAUGGAAACGACACGUAGAUCAUCUAUUGAGUCACGACAAAGGUUGCAGAAGUCAACAGAAAAAGGAAAUAAUUGUUUUACCAAACAUAGAACCUAACGAUACUGUUGAUCCCAUGAUGCCGAGUGAGACAGUUCAACAACCAAGGGUAGUGGAUCCAUGA